GCCCUUUCCGUCCUCGCUCGUCUCUUUCCGUCGCCGCUCGGCCCUUUCCGGCGCGUCCAUGGCGGCGGGCGGGCGCUCAGGGCCCGGCUGCUGCUGCCCCUCGCGGGUCGCGGCGCCCAGCGCGCACCAGAGCCUGGCCGAGAUGGACUUCGAGCGGGGGAUCUGGUCGGCGGCACGGGACGGGGACGAGGCGCGGGUGCUGGAGCUGCUGGAGCGGCACGGGGAGCCGGGACAGCCGGACGAGGCCGGGUACACGGCACUGCACUACGCCAGCCGCAACGGCCACCUUGGUGUCUGCCAGCUGCUGCUGGGGCGCGGCGCUCGCUGCGACGCCCGCACACCUGGAGGGGCCACCCCACUGCACCGUGCCAGCUACUGCGGCCACUUGGCCAUCACCCGCCUGCUGCUGGCCCAUGGCGCCGACCCGGCGGCCACCGACAGCGAUGGCCACACCAGCCUGCACAAGGCGGCUGAGCAGGGGCACCGGGAGCUCUGCGUGCUGCUCCUGCAGCACAGCCCGGCGCUAGCUGGCCUCCGUGAUGCCAAGGGCCGGUGUCCCCGCGAUGUGGCUGCCCCAGCGGUGCAAGACCUGCUGGACACCUGAGAGGAAUGUGGUACCACCAGAAUCAGAGUCACCACCCCGUGGAUUCGCCGGGACCCCUCUCUGGUGGAUCAGCAGCUCCCAGCACUCAACGCUGACUCUGCUGCCAGUGGUCGCCCCUGGAGUCAUGGCACCUUCGAUCACCACCAGCUUUGAUUUCCUCAAAAAACACUAUAAAUGGGGCAACUCGUAGUUUGUUGAACCGGAAAAGGCCGUGGAACUGGGAAAAGGGGGCAGAACUGG